AGGAGAUUGACGCUUUGGUAACCCAGUGCCAGUGGGAGAUUUUAUUGAAGAGAAAUACGCCUCAAGAGGUUGUUAGCAAUGAAUGUUACAGUCCUUGGGCGGGCCUGUCCAUCCUCAGGUAGUGAAAGUUCUUCAUCGUAUACUUCUUACAACGCUCAGAAUCAUUCAAGUUUUUCAGGCUUUUAUCAGCAAGGCGAUACCAACCGAGCCAUCUACAAUGAUGCAAUCCUUCCAAUGGUUGGCCUCUUGGGGGCAGGCUUCAACUGUAGCUUGCUGUGUUUCGGAGAGAGCGGCUCGGGAAAAAGCUUCACCUUGGCCGGAGAAGGGCUUGGUCAGCCGGGGGUCAUUCACAUGGUCAUCAAUGAUCUAUUUGUAGAAGUAGAUGAACUAGAAAGAAACGGGUCUGUUGCACAUGUGAAGAUUCGUAUGUAUGAGAUUUAUAGCGAGAGUAUUAGAGACCUGUUGAAUCCAGACCAGCAAGGAGGUGCUGUGUGUGAUGUCAGUGUCAACGCAAAACACGGAGUUUACGUUGAGAACCUGACAGAGGUAGCAGUAAGUAGCGCUUCUACUGCAAUAUCUAUGUUUAAGACUGGCUGGUUGGCACAGAAUUCCAAGGCAACAGACUUCGGUGAAGCAAACAGUCGGACGACAAUUGUCGUUGAAGUUCUUCUUAUUCAGGAGAGAGAUGAAAACACAUAUCCGUAUAAAUCAACGUUCACCUUUGUUGAUCUCCCCGGCGCGGAGAAGCUUGCCACGGACCCCAAGGCUCUUAAGAGGAGUGAAGGAGCCUUGCUAAAUAAAUCUAUUCUUGCCCUGGGAAACCUGAUUGAAGAAUUGGCCGACAAACCAGACUCUUCCAGGUGCAUCCAGUACGAUGAAUCCAAACUGACCAAUCUGUUGCGUAAUCAGCUCGGAGGCAACUGUAAUACAAAGGUCAUAGUUCAUCAGAAGCCCCGCUCUGAUCCGAGGGUCACCCAGGCUGUGCUGAAUGCAGCGAACUACUUUGGGCGGAUCGUCAACUUCUGUGUGUUGAAUGACACUGCUGCACAGGGUUUGAUCACUCAGUAUCGAGCUCGUCUUCUUGACCUUCAAGCUCAGAAAGGACGCACAGCUCCUCCUCCUGCCAUCGACUCAGAGGAACUCAUCUCAAACAACGGCAAACUCGUCAAGGAAAAUAUGAAGUUGAAGGAGGAGGAGGGAUAUUUCAGGAGGAGACUUGACCAACUCCAGAGUCGUCUUGGUGACAUUGCCAUGGCAAAGACUGAUAUGGCAUCUAAACUUAUCCUGAACGAAGAGGAGAGGUUAAAGGUAUCUAAGAUGUUGGUGGACCUUCAGAUUGAGAAUAGUCGUAUUAAGGAGAAGGCAUCCCAAGAUGCUUUUGAGUUGAACAAUAAGCUGAUGAGUCUCGACACUGACUACAGGCAAGCCUUGAUCAUUAAGGACCAGCAGGCCAAGGAAGCUAAGAUGUACCGUGAUAGAUUGGACCUCAUAGAGAGAGAACGACACGAGCUGGCCGAUAAGUUUGUCGUGAUGAAAGCGGAUUACAAGGCACUCGCCCAGAAAUACGACAGCGAGGUGAGUAGAAACCAGGACCUUGGAUUGGAAUUACUGAAUCUCCUCAAUGCUAAGGUGACCCUUCUCAAACAGGAGGAGAAUCUCGCUAGAGCCUCCAACCACAAGAGGGAACAGACUGCAGAGGAGCUGAGACGAGCUAGAGACAUCGCACUGGGGCUCAGUAGCAAGAAAGAACGAGCUGACGAAAUAGGAGCAUCUGAGAUGGACAGACAAGAAUUGCAAAAUAAGUUGUUCAGCACUCGAGAUAGAAUGAAAAGUAAAUUUGAUGAGAUGAGGAACCAGUACGAUGAGCAACAAGAUAAACUUCAGACCAGAAUAGUGGAAUUAAACACAGCACUCAAGAAAGCUCGCCAGACUACACGGGAUUCCCAGCACAAACUUGCGCAACAGGAAGUGGAACUUCUGUCAUCUCGUGAGAAAGUGCGAGAAUUAGCCGUGGCAAACAGUCGAUUGCAAACCCAGCUCAUGGAGAAGAAUGAAGAAAUGCGAUCUCGCCUCAAUAAGUACUUAGAAGAUAUCUCUGAAUUCGUUGACGAUCGGGAUGCCACCCUCAAUCGUAAGAUGGAGUCUAAUUUAUCCAACUACGUACGCAGCAUGAUGAAGGAUCUUAAAGAGACAUACAAAGCAAGAGAGAAACAGCUGAGUGAAGCUGCCAGGGACUUCAAAACUAAGAUGAUGACCGUCGGUAAAAAACACGAGAAGCUCAUCGUCGCUUACAGAUACCUAAGGAAGCAGAUGCAGAGUGAGGUGAUGGUAACAGAGUUUGAUGUCGGCCCCGAUGAGGAUCAGCUCACCCUCGACAACGACGAUGUGGAAUCGGCAAAUAGACAAGAGAUUAGGAGGUUGAUGGAGGCAUUGAAGGAGGCCAAGAGAGGUCAAAGGAGUGGAGGUCCUGUGGGUGAUAGAUGGAGCGACAUUCAGAAACAGCUUGGAGAGUUUACCAGUACAACACAGCAUGAGCUAGAAGCAGAAAGAGCGUCGCUGAUGUCGUCCAAUGCCAUCUUGGAGGAGCAGUUAGCAGAAUGCCACGAUUACAUCGAUAAACAUCUCAACAAGUAUAGAGAAGAGAACACAUCACUGAGGAGAAUUGUUGGAAUGAAGGAGAGGGACGGCAACACCUAUCAGGACCCGCCUAGAGGACAGAGAGGGAGCUACCCAAGAAUCGCUGCUGGACCCUCGCUGACUCAUCCAAGUUGGCAAUACUAAGCCCCUUUCACACGAGAGCAAUUUAGCAAGGUUCUCUUGCUAAAUUGUACCAUGGUUGUAAAAUUUUGUAAAAUGUACCUCGUGUGAGAGGGCAACAACUUUUUCUACACUGUCCAAGUUCUCUUGCAAAAUCUUGUCAAACAUUGCUACAUUUUACAACCUUGCUUAAAUUAAGCAAGGGACCCGAGUUUAAUUGCUGUUGAGUGAAUAGCACUUUAAAAGCACUUUAAAAGCACUGUGUCUAUGUCCAUUGGUUAUCGAAUGGCAAAACACUUCUGAAUCUGAAUCUGAUUAAAUAGACAUCCUAUUGGAAACUCGCAAAUUUGACGACUAAUGAAGCUGAAACUGCUACAGGGUAAAUUAUAAUACAUACAUCUUUCGCUCACAGUGAGUAGGUAUUCAUGUCAUUGCCAAAAACUUGAUCUACAAAAGGUACAUGUAUGAAAACUCUUUAAAGGCAUGGGCACCUUUAGUAAUUG